UAGGUUCGUUGCUAAGAGAUGGGGUUGCGCUGUAUUUAUUGUUGGAUACGAAAACAUUUUUCCUGUAGUGGAAGUGUGAUAUCGCAGACAGGGAUCUGUUAAUCGGGUCCCCAGAAGCGGGUUUACACGGCUACAGUGUUAUUUUACAGUGGACACAGCGGAUGUGGCUUAGGCUGAGAGAGGAUGCACACUACUCGCAGUCCCACGUCCAUCCAGUCUGGAAUGGCCACUGACGCGAUGGAUCUGAGCUUGAGCGGAUUGCAGCUUUCCAUGAGCCGCAGGCCCAGCAGUGCAUCAUCUGGAAAACACUUCUCCCGCUCUAUAUCUGUGUCUGUGGCCAGUGACGGACGUGGCAAACGCAACACACCGGUUGAUGGUGGGAUUGGGAGUUCCCGUGCCAUUAAGAAUCUGCGGCGAUCAAACAGCACCACGCAGGUGAACCUGCAGGCCAACGCUAGACCCAGUGAGGGCAAUACAGAGGAUUUCAUGGCUCUGUUUGACAGCAGCACUGAUGGCCGCCGGAAACUAGCCAGCCUCACUAAGGCCUCCCCAGACCACACAACAUGGAACAUUCUGGACGACCAGCCACGAGCGUUCCCGUUGCCCUCCAGCUCCCGCAGCACCUGCAGUAUGGAUUCCCCCACUGGCCUGAAGAAAAGAGAUUCUGGUGUCUCCCUGGCGGCAAACUUCACUGCCAACAACCGGAGCAGUAAAGCAGCUGUGGGUAACUCUGUGACAACCAUGCUGCACAACAACCAUUCAGACAAGCCUCUCACGCCCAAAAGCUCCAAUCAGAAACCCUGCUUCAAUAACAUCAUCAAAGCCACAGUGAACGACGAGGGGACUUUAGAGGGCAGCUCUCUCACGAAGUCUCAGAAAAACUUCUCCGCUUCAUCAGGUUCCAAUAACAACGUUUCAAGCUCCCGAAGCCCUCGCAGCCCCCGCAGACAAGAGGUCACAGAGGAGGAGGCUGAGAGGUUUAUCCAGCAGGUCAGUCACGCAGCAGUCAUUAUCCAGCGCUGGUACCGGCGCCAUGUCAGCAGGAGGAAAACAAAUGAAACUGCCCUCAAGCAACUGCUCAUUUCCAAAAGAAAGGAAAGGGAGCAACAACAGGGGGAUGAAAAGGCUGUGAAACCACAGAAAAAGAAAGAGGAGGACAGAAAACGCAUCAGAGAGGAGAAAGCCCGUCUAGCCCGGCUCACUGCUAUCCAGGAGCUGCAACAAAAGAGGGCACAGCGAGCUGAGGAGGUACAGCGAAUAGCAGAACAGGAAGUGCAUGCCCUGCAGCAGGCUGGGAAAGUGGGACGUAAGAAACUCACUCAGAGUUUGCCUAGCUCUCCUACAGCUGCCAAGGCCAAGAACACAGAUUCCAAUGUGAAUUUGGAGAGUGAACUAGAUGUUGCCAAUCUGAGGGCAGCAUCGCCUGCGGUGUCGACACGAAGAGACUCUCAGUGUUCUCAGGAGAUUCUGCAGCGGUCUGUGAGUGUAGAGGACCAGAGACAGGGGGCACCAUCGAGCAGAGCUCAUUCUAAAACGACACUUAAUGACCUGCUGGAUUCCCUCAAACUCCUAGAGGAGGGACCAGAGAGACUCUCGGAGGCUAAGAGCUACAGGAAGGAGAAAUACGCCUGGAUUGAUGAGGACGGAGAGUCGAUCACCCUAACCACAGAUAACGUCGAGAGGCACGGACAGCUGAGUCAGAGCCCAGCCUUGUCAGAUGCUGGGGCUUUACUGUCCGAAGCCAAACUGCAGAGCAUCAUGAGCUUCCUGGAUGAGAUGGAGAAGUCCGAGCAGGAAAGGCCACGUUCAGUUACCUCGGGAUCACAUAGAGAGGUGUUGUUGUCUGAGGAGGAGCUGGCUGCAGUGGAUCAGGCUUCUGCUACUGCUGCUGAGGUUACCGGCUCUAUGAUGAGACUCAAACUGGAGCUGGAGGAAAAGAAACGCACUGUCACCCUGCUACAGACCGCACUGACCCAGCAGAGAGAGCUGACGCUCCGUCAUGUGAAGGAGACUGAGAAGGAGCUCAACCACAACUUCCAACUUCAGAAACAACAAUAUGAGGCUACAAUUCAAAGACACCUGGCUUUCAUUGACCAGCUGAUUGAUGACAAGAAGGCCCUGAGUGAGCGCUGUGAGGGUGUGGUGGCUGAGCUCAAACAGGUCGACCAGAAAUACACAAAAAAGAUCAACCAGAUGCAGGAGCAGCAUGAACUGCUGUGGCAAAUUCUGGGUCCCUUGUGUGAGGAGAUUAAAAAACUGAAAGAGUUGAUGAGUGCCACAGAAAAGGUCCGGCGAGAGAAGUGGAUUGAUGAGAAGACCAAGAAGAUCAAGGAAAUCACUGUCAAAGGCCUGGAGCCAGAGAUCCAAAAGCUGAUCUCCAAGCACAAGCAGGAGCUGAAGAAGCUGAAGGUGGUGCACGAGGCCGAAUUGCUGCAAGCAGACGAGAGAGCAGCACAGCGCUAUGUCAGACAGAUUGAGGAGCUCCGACAGCAGCUGGAAAGCGAGAGAGACGAACAGUGCCAGCGUGAGAGGGAGCUCGCUAAGCAAAGGUUUGAGAAGCAGCUGCAGGAAGAAGAGAAUGCCCUACAGCAACAGAGAAGACGGCUCUACAAGGAAGUUGCUGAUGAGAAGGAGCGACUUGCCCAACAAGCUGCCAGGCAGCAUGCUGAGCUGGAGGAGUUGAAGACUCAGUUGGAGAACAACAGCUCUCUGGCUAAUCGCACUCUAAGGGAAGAGAUGGAGAAGAGCAGAGAGGAGCAGGAGAGACGGCACCAGGUGGAAAUGAAGGCUUUGCGGGAACGGCUGGAAAUUGAGAGACAGACCUGGGAAGAAAAUUACAUGAAAAAGGAAGAAGUGUGGCUGCUUACCCGAGAACGAGAGUUGAAGGAGGAAGUGCGCCAGGGGCGGGACAAAGAGAUUGAGUUGGCCAUUCGGAGGCUAGAAGAUGAGACGAGCAGCGCCAGAGAAGAGUGUGAGAGAGCUGCUGACAACCGUAUAAAGCGAGUGAGAGAAAAGUACGAAGCAGAACUCCGAGAGCUAGAGCGCUCUGAGCUGGUGGCUCUGGAGAAACAUCAGGAGAUGAAGAAGAAACAGACUGAGAUGGAAGGAGAGCUUAUGCGCUUGCAGUCCCUUCUCACACAACGAGAGCAGGAGAUCACUGAUAUCACGCAGAUCCGGGAUAAGUUAUCAGAAGAGCGGCGGAGCCUGGCUGAGGUCAUCAGAGAGGAGUUUGCAGAGAGACUAGUUGUUAUGGAGGACGAGAACAGGAGGAUGAAGGUAGAGGUGGCCGAGGUACGUGCCAGACUCAGACUGGAGGUGGAGCGACUCAGCAGAGAGAAAGAAGAAGAGCUGGCUGAAGUCCACCAACGGGUGAAGUCAGCUAUUUUAAAGAAGGAAGAAACUGUGAACACCUUGCGAAAGCAGCAUGAGGCUGCAUUAAAGAGGGCAGAUCACCUGGAGGCCCUGUUGGAGCAGCAGAGAAAGCAGCUGUUAGGGAAAUGAUUUAUAUUCCUCUUCCUUUUCCCUUGUUACUAGGAGAGAUUGAUCAGGAGGGAUGACUGUUCCACCAGAUUUGGUGCAUAGUGUUUGUUGUCUUUCCCCUGGCAGCAGAAAUUGAUGCAAGAGGAGAGGUUUUUUUUCCUUCUUUUUUCCCCCUCUCUCAGCACAGAAUAGAGCCAAGAGGGCUUUGUCUCGCCUUGGACUAGACCACAAACUUCUCUUGACACAUAGACGAAGGGAGAGAAAUAGCAGCAGGCGGAGGGAAUGCAUGGGGAGAGGAAUUUUUCUGCCAGAGACGUUUUCUCCAUAUGGGUAGGGUGGGGGCAGUAAAGGCUCUCACUGUGUACACAAGCCCUCACAAUAAGCACUUUUAGAUGUCCCAAACACUUUGUGUUGUCCUUUCUUUGAAGCAACUCUCUGUGUGGGGGGAAAAAAGGGAGAGAGAAUAAAAGAAGGAUUAUAUAAAUAUAUGUUUAUCAAGCACACAGUCUACUACCCUGUGCCUGUUUCAAACCCGUUUCCCUACUACAGGAUUUCAUUUUCUACACAGUAUUACAGGAAGAGGGAGGGUAAACCCUCAACCACCCACCUUCUCCUUUGUGUCACAUACUGUGCCUUUUGUCUCAGGUCUCCCCAGGGCUCAUCCUAAGUAGUGGGUCACAGCACACUCACUGAAACAUGCAGGCCUCAUGACCAGUCAAGCCCUGCAUUUGAACAGUGUUGGAGGUCUAAUCCGAGUCGUUAUGGUUAGAUUUCAAACGAAGAAUGUUCUAGAAACAUGAUAUGUUGAUUGAAAGAAAGAGAAGGCAAUCAUUUUAAAUAGUGAGCAUGUAGGCAUGUUUCAGGAUAUAAGAAUGGUUGCUAUAUGAGAAUAGUACGAGAUAUGAGAAAGUACCAAAGUAGGUCUUUUGAGUUCUGCAGAUAGUAAUAGCGAGAAGGCUUUAGGAUGUGAAAAAGACAUGUUUAAAGGAUUAAGGAAAGCAGAGCUAGCUUUUAAAGGGGCAGACUACAGUACAGCAGGUUUUUGUGUGUUCAACACUAAAAGCUUCAGCAGGAAAUGUAUACCUCCGAGGCCUGAGACAAAAUGCGUUAAUACAUUGAAGAAGGACUGGGGGGCUCAUACAAUCUCACUUCUCACCCUGCUCAACCCCCCCCAAAUUCUUCUAUCUUAUUACACCAUUGGGAUUGACAGGUCUGUGUUGGGAUUGGACAGAAACGUGAUUUCUUAAAUUGGCUGCAUUUUAUAGAAUGCGCACUCAUGAUGAUGAUCCUUUCCUGUCUUCGGAACAACACCUAAUUUUUGGUGUAGACCAAGUGACAAAAAUAGGCUCUUGUUUCAGCUUCGAAGAUUUGUUUCUUCUUGGGAAAAACCACUCUCCCGAGCUGCUGUUUUCAAAAGGUCAUGGAGAACAUGACCAACUCUACAUCACCUUGUAUUGGUGGAAAAGUGUACUCGAGUCACAAAGCCAAAUAAUUUUAUUUGUGAUCUAAUUUUAACAUUAGCAUUUAUUGUAGUAAAUGCCCUUAUUAGAUAGGCCGGCUGAUCCACUAAAUGGCGGCGUAUCUCAGUGUUUGAUGCAUUUAAGCAAUUCAUAACCAUAACUGUGAUGAAAAGGCCUUAUGUGUGACCAUUUUGAAUGUUGUACAGAUAGUACUAUACCACUUGUACCUUUUUUGGAUGGGUGUUGGUAAAUCAGAUGACUCUGUGUUUACAUAUUAUAUUUUAUAAAAUGUCGAGUGAAAGAAGUCACCCAGGUACCCUGAGGCCUACCAUAAAGCCCAGGCAAUUUCUUUAUCACAUUCCUCCAAGCUCCCUUGCCUCAUAGCAGACCAGGCUCCAGUAGUGUUAGCAGGAACUUGGGAGACUGCUAGUGCUUUGGCAUUAGCAUAGAUUUAUUGAAAUGAAAUAAACACAGAUCUAUUUCAGAUGUGUUCUUGUAAGGUGGGAAUUCAUUCUGUUCCAGCCAUAUCUUAAAUGCAUUCAAAUAAAGUGUGUGUGUGUGUGCAUGCACGCAUGUGUAUCUCUGCUUAGGAUUAACUGAGCAUGUAAUCUGAAUCCUAGUUAAAGGUUCAUCUUGAAAGGACAAGUAGAGGAAUGGUUUGGUGAAUGUUUUAUAAAGGUUACACAGAGGAGGAGAGGAAAACAGCAGCUGUGUAUUCAUGUCCAUGGCCUUCAUGUUCGUAUGGGUGGCAGCAUGGUUGACAUUGUUGGUGCAUACCAACUGUAAGGAUUCUGGACCAUUUCCAAAAACAAUUCCAAACAAAACCAGCAUUGUCCUGGUCAGUGUUUAAUCAAGGAUCAGGACUGGUGAGAACAAUUUUUAGGAUUCACUGAUUAAAAGUGAAAAAAGUGAGCUGGUUAAAGCCUGGUUUUUAUCUAUGUUUUUAAGCAGGAGCUGUGUCCAUCCAAAGUUUGAGUUGCAGGACAGAAGUGACUUAAAUGACAAUAUUGUUCUAAUUUGAUUUAUUGAUAUUUUUUAAACCCAGACUUAUUCUGUAAUUUUAUAAAAGUGUAUGUACAAAUGGUGUCCAUUUUCAAAAAAAUUGUCGACAAGCAGAUCUCGGCCGAUGCGGUGCAUUUGUGGUAGGGGGAAAACGAUCAGUUUCAUUCACGGCUAAAGUCUUUUAGGUACCACUGACCAUUGUUUUUCAAGUUAAUGAAUUUUAUAUUUCCACUGGAUGGAAUUUAUUUUUGUGCUGUGGCAGUGAAUGUUGAAUGAUAUUUCUUUCAUCUAAAACUUGUCAUUACAGGUUCUAUACAUGUGCCCUUACUUGUAGCUCUUACCUAAUAAUUUAAUCACGAGUAGUUCUUCAGUCAUUUUGAUCAAUUAUGGUGAUUUGAAAAUGUGAAGACUUUGACUGUACAUGUACAAUAAAUCUUAAGAUGAC